AUGCCGCCCAAAUCGCUCGUCACCACGUUGCGCGAGCGCUAUCUCGGUACCAUUCGUUCCGUACAACCGCAAUCAAGAUGGAAGGUGCUCGUCGUUGAUUCAUUCACCAAGGAGCUCCUGCAGUCUGUCCUCAAGAUGUACGACAUCCUGCAGGAAAACGUAGCUCAGGUGGACAACAUCGAGCUCUCGCGUGCUCCGCAGUCGACGCUCGAAGCAUGUUACCUUCUCACCCCGACCAGCCAAAACGUCGACCGCAUCAUCCGUGAUCUCGCUCCCUCCGAGCCUGGAAAGCAGCCAACAUAUGCUGCCGGCCACAUCUUUUUCGUCGACAGUCUUUCGGACGCGCUCGUGCACAAACUCACCUCUUCGCCAGCAGAACCCAAGCUCAGACAGCUUAUCGAGCUCUAUACCAACUUGUGGGCGCUCGAAGCACAGGUCUUCUCGCUCAAAUCACCCCAAAGCUUUCUGCACCUCUUCGAGCCCAUCGGCGGUCUGUACGGUCCCGAUUCGAUCGAGGCGAUGCGCACCAUCGAGGAGGAGCUGCAAUUCUCUACACAGGCAAUCCUCAACGUCUGCGUCACGCUCAACGAGUUCCCGUUGAUCCGCUACUACAAUCCGUCUCACCCACCGCUCGGUCCGCUCCAGCCGCCCAAGGACGCGGUCAAGUCGCAAACAGCCGCUGCCAACAUGUAUCAGGGCAGUGCACGCAUGGCACGGCUACGAGGCAACAACCACGACGCCGGCUUGUCCGGUGCAGGCUCUGGCGGACCCUCUGUCGGUGAACACUUUACCAAGAAGCUUGCCUUGCGUGUGCAGGCGGCGCUCGAUCAGUACAUCCGCGACAACGAGCCAAAGAUGGAGACCAGCCGACCUCGCAGUGUGCUCUUCAUCACUGACCGAUCCAUGGACACGGUGGCGCCGUUUCUGCACGAAUUCUCUUACCAAGCCAUGUGCAAUGAUCUGCUUGCCAUUCAGGACGGUUCGCGGUACAACUACACAUUCUACACGUCCGACGGCCAACGUGAACAGAAAGAGGCGGUUUUGUCCGACGAAGAUAACGUGUGGACCGGUAUUCGUCACCUGCACAUCGCCGAAGCGAUCGACAAGCUCACGCGCGACUUUAAGCAACAUGCUGGUGAGCAAGGCGCGUUUGCGGACCCGAACUCAUCGCUCAACGAUAUGCGCGACAUGCUGGCGUCGUUACCGCACAUGCAAGAGAUGAAGGAGAAGCUAUCGCUGCAUCUCACCAUGGCGCAGGACUGCAUGAACCGCUUCGAGAAAUCCAAGCUGCCCGCACAAGCCAUGGUAGAGCAGAAUUGCGCUACGCGGCUCACGCCCGAAGGGCAGAAGCCCAAGACGCUGGUGGAAGAAAUGGUGCCGCUGCUCGACGAUCGGAGCGUGUCGAAUUUGGACAAGGUGCGCAUCAUCGCGCUGUACAUCAUGUACUGCGAUGGUGUGCCGGACGAAGACAGGAAGCGGCUCUUCCAGCAUGCGCGCUUGGGCAGGUACGAGAUGGAGGCUGUCGACAAUCUGGUGCAUUUGGGAACGCAGGUGGUCAAAGACGCGUCGAGUUCUGGAUGGGAUAUGUUUUUCAAAAAGGGCAAACGCAAGCAGCAGCCGGGAGAGAACGAUUUUGAGCUUAGCCGCUAUCAGCCGCUAGUGAAGCUGAUGGUGGAGGACCACUUUGCAGGCAAGUUAGAACAGACUACGUAUCCGUAUGUGCGCGAUGCGCCUGCCGAGACGGCUGCAGGUGCGUUGUCGUUGCCUGUGCAGACGUCGGCGUCCGCUUUGGCGCGCGUGGGUCUCGGUGGAGGCGGAGCUGGUAGCACCAACGCAGCAGCCGUGUCCGCGAGGACGCAACCCAGCAGUUUGCGAAGUGCCAAGCCUACCUGGCACCAAAAGGGCCGCGGCGGAAGCAAUGUUGGUGUCGAGAGGCUCGAGAACCGUCAGCGCGUAUUGGUGUUCAUCGCGGGCGGUAUGACGUAUUCCGAGAUGCGCAGUGCGUAUCAACUCAGCCAACGCUUGGGCAAGGAUGUGUACAUCGGUUCCUCGCACACUUUUACGCCGGAAUCGUUUGUAGAGGUGAUGAAGCAUUUUGGCAAGGCCGGUUCGAGGGACGCUGCUGUGCGGGGCGCCGACUCUCAUUCGCACUCGCACUCGCACUCGCACCCGCAUCAUCAGCAUCACCAUUCGGCGGUGAGGUUGCCGGUUGGCGCGACGAAGCUGUCGAAACCUGACAAUGAUCGGAGUGCGAUUCGGGCAGCAUCUAUGCAACACGGCGGGUAUGGAGCGUCGAAUGCAGGGGUAGUGCAGCAGACGGGAUAUGCUUCUGCGUCUGCUUCUGCGUCUGCUUCUGCGUCUGCGAUGGAUCAGGUGACGUAUGACCGAAGGUUUCAGACACACGCCAGCACUUCGACAACAGCUUCGGCAUCGGCUUCGCAGGUGUCGGUUUCGGCGUCGAGUGUUCCGCCUCACGUUGUUAGCGGGCUUGGUGCUGGUGCCAAUGGAGCGAGGAGUAGCAGUCCAUCGCCUAGCCAGGCGUCUGAUCUCAGUAUGCGCUCUAAGGACAAGAAGCGUCUGAAAAACGUAUUUGGCUUUAAGAAAUCCUAG